AUGGUUGAAACGUGCUGUGUGCCACUGUGCCGCCAGCGUGGCUACCGCGACGAGAACAGCAAAAAGGUCACAUUCCACAAGUUUCCUUCUGGGAACAAACUACGGCGGAAGUGGAUCCAUGCUAUCAGAAGAGACCCUGGUGCACACUUCAGCAUUCAGCAAACAACCAAGGUGUGCUCAAGGCACUUCACGCCGGACAGCUUCGUCCCCAAUGUGGCAAGCGGACGACAGUAUUUGAAGGAAAAUGCGGUGCCUUCUCUUUUUGAAUUCACCAAGAAAGUCGUGCCUCGACCGGUUCCCAACCGACAACCCCUGCAGACCAAAUUCCUCGAACCAAACACUACAGAUGUGUUUUGCAGCGAUGAAAUGGCAUCUCCCCCAGACCUAAAUGAUGUAGGAACAUCAACAAGCCAAGUUCCAGGCUGGGCGGUGAACACAGAUGCACCUGCAAGCAUCAGUUUGACACAAGGCAAAUGCAACUGCGCCUGCACAGAAUUGACUCAGAUGAAGCUGCAGCUGAAAGAAAAGGAUGCAGAGCUUGUCAAGCUAAAGGAUCAGUGUAACAUUCUUCUGAACUGCAGCAACAUCCUGAGCACAACAAAAAGAGACCUUGCACGAGCAAAGGAACAAGUAGUGUGUCUAAUGCGGAGGAACGAGGAGCUGAAGAAUGAACACACAGCUAAAAUGCAAGAGCUCGAAACAAAAUUGUCCGAGGCAGACAAACGGAAGAAGACAUUUUCGGCAGAAAGAUUUAAAGACGACGACAGCAGCAUCCAGUUCUACACUGGCGUGCAAAGCUACGGUUAUUUUAAAGGAUUACUGCAGUAUGUAGCCUCAGAAAGUGACGGUGCUAAUCCGGACCACCCAAAUAGGGAAGCAAGAGGUCGUCCGCACAAGCUAUCUCAAGAGGACCAGCUUUUCAUGACGCUUGUCAAGCUGCGACUUGGUCAUUUCCACAUGCACCUGGCACACAUCUUCAACGUCUCUACCAGCACUGUGUCGAGGGCUUUUGGAACAUGGGGUAACCUGCUCUAUGUCCGGCUGUCGGAGCUGGCAUGGUGGCCACCACGUGAUAUUGUAGACUCAACCAUGGCUGAGGAGUUUAAGGCACGGUAUCCAACAACACGGGUGAUUAUUGAUGUUACUGAAGUUCGGUGCGAAGUCUCCAGUUCUCUGGUUCUGCAGUCGGGAACAUACUCUCCAUAUAAAUUGACAAACACUCUCAAGGGACUAAUUGGAAUUUCACCGAACGGACUUGUGAGCUUUGUUUCAGAGCUCUUCACUAGGUCAGCUUCAGACAGAGAACUUGUGAUCAGAAGUGGGUUUCUGGAACAAGAGUUUGCACCAGGUGACACAGUCAUGGCUGACAAGGAAUUCAAAAUCAAAGAUCUUUUUGACAAGAAAGGUAUUGGAUUGAACUUGCCACCGUUUCUGACGAAGCAACAGUUCAGUGUUGCAGAGGUGCGAGAAACGGCGGACAUUGCUUCUUUGCGGAUUCACGUAGAGAGGAGAAUCCAGCGCAUUAAGACUUAUCAUAUAUUUGACAGAGUUGUUCCCCUCUCUCUUGGUCCCAUAGUUAACCAGAUGUGGACUAUUUGCGCUCUUCUGAGCAACCUUCAACCUUCUAUUUUAAAAGAAGUGGAUUGA